AUGAGGGCGGCCCGCAAGAGGCUGACGCCGCUCGUCUUCAAGCAGCACGUGCCGAACGUGAACGAGGUGUCGCUGGCGGCGGCGGGCAAGCCGGAGAAGCGCGUCACGCGCAACGACGAGCGCUUCCGGGACCUCGUGCCCAACUACAACGCCGACAUCAUCUUCAAGGACGAGGAGGGCACCGGCGCCGACAGACUCAUGACGCAGCGGUGCAAGGAGCGGCUGAACACGCUGGCCAUCUCGGUGAUGAACCAGUGGCCGGGCGUGCGGCUGCGCGUCACCGAGGGCUGGGACGAGGAGGGCCACCACUCGGCCGACUCGCUGCACUACGAGGGCCGCGCCGUCGACGUGACGACGAGCGACCGCGACCGCGCCAAGUACGGCAUGCUGGCGCGGCUCGCCGUCGAGGCGGGCUUCGACUGGGUCUACUACGAGUCGCGCGCGCACAUCCACUGCUCCGUCAAGUCCGAGUCAUCGCAGGCGGCGCGCUCUGGUGGCUGCUUCCCGGGCGACGCGACGGUGCUGCUCUCUGACGGGCAGCGGCUGCCACUGCGGCGGCUCCGCAUAGGCCAGCGCGUGCAGGCAGUUGACCUGGAGAGUGGUCAGACACUCUUCUCGGAGGUCAUCCUCUUCCUAGACCGCAGCCCUAAUGAGGAGCGACCGUUCUUGCGGCUGUCCCUGGCAUCCGGCAGUGCCCUGCUGGUGACACCAGCUCACCUGCUGCCCGUGGACAGGGGCUCGAGAGGUGUGCAGCAAGUCUUCGCCGGCAGCGUGCACCCGGGAGACCGUCUCUUUGUGUCGGGCGAGAACGUGACGUCGGUGCACGUGGAGCGGGUGCUGGCAGUGUCGGAGGAGAGGCGGUCUGGCGUCUACGCACCGCUGACGCGCCACGGCACCGUCGUCGUGGACGGCGUUGCCGCGUCCUGCUACGCCGUCGUCUCCAGCCACUCGCUGGCCCACUGGUCCUACGCACCCUACCGCUUCGGCUCCGGUGUCCGGGACUUGUUCCGGAAACUGUUCUCGACCGGUCCAGAAGGUGGCGGACCGGAGGCCGCGGGCUCCGAGCGGGCGACGCCCGGUUCUGGCGUCCACUGGUACGCCCGUGCUCUGUACGCAAUUGCCAGGUUCGUCCUGCCCUCCGGCAUGCUGUACAAGUGAUGCUGUCGGAGUGCUCUCUGUGAUAAUUUAACUAGUGACAUUGACUCAUUAGUUGGGGAACUUUCAGCAUACCUGUGCUCAUCCUCAGUGUAUUUUUCCUACUCUGAAGAAGAUACUUGCCUUUGACAAAAACUGCGACAAGGUGAAGAGUAAUACAUUUGAGAACUUGUUGGUGUCACUGUACCUAUAACGCAUUACAUACACUAUGAAGUAAUGCUCCAGUGUAGAUAGUGUAUAUCCUGGUGAUAAAAAAAAUGAACAACAAUAUAGUGUGAUGAUGUCGCUUGUUUCCAUCGCUAUAGAAAAUUAGCACGAUAGUUCCAUUUAUUGACUAGGUGUUUAUAAGACACCACAAAUAAUAUUACAAUGCACAAACUGCAAAUGCCAGAAUAUAUCCUAAAUUGUGAUCCGAGUUGGCCAUCGUAAUAGAAGGAAUGUGUGAUUUCAUCUCUGAUUCGAUACCUAGUAAAGUGUUUGUCAGUACCAGCAGAAAUAUUUAAUCUUCAGGUGAAAAUAUAGACCUGAUUUUGCUAUUGCUUUUACAGCAUGUGGCAGGUUUGUUAGUGCUUGAUAUUUGUACUGAACACCUAAUCGUGACUCAAGAACCAGCCUGCAAUUUUUGAUUUAAUUGGCAACUGAUAGUUUGCCAUUGUCUUCUGACAUUACCUUCCUUUAUUAUUGCCUUACAACUACCAAAAUGAGACAACAAAACUUAUGAAACCUGGAUUCCUCCACAUUACACCCCUGAAUGAAGGUGCCAAUAAGAAAGAAAUUACACACAGUCAUAGGUAUGGUGCAAAUGUGGAAAUUAUUUACCUGCGAUGCUGGACAUCCACACUGCUUACAAAAAGAGUAUGACAGUGAGUUUAAGCAGCAGUAUUGUCAAGUACAGGAAAAGAUAAACCAGGUUUGUUUGGGAACAAAAUAUGUGAAAAGAACACAGUAUGAUGCACAAAGACUGAACAAUUUGGUCAAUCUUUGUAUUGUUAACUCAUUUUCAUAAAAGUUCCAUUCGGAGUAGAAGUGUCCAAGGCUUCCCUCUUCAUUUAGAAAAUGUAUUGACAACAAGCACCCUCUCCUUCAGGCUCAUGGGAUCCGAGACUAAACAGAUAACAAGAAAAAAUGAAUAACCCAAUACACACAUUUGUGACGGAAACUACUGUUUACUGCAUUUAGAAAACAUGUUACAUAUCAUAUAUCACCAGAAACUGACUACUUUACAGAUUUGUACUUAAACCGUGCAGUAUUUUCUAUUACUUGUUUAUAGUUCACUUUCAGUUAAUAAUUGUCCAAUAUUAAAGGAGUGAUCCAGAGGGAAAUUAAGUAGAACAAAAUGUAUUUCAUCUGCUUGAAACUUUUUUUUGCAGCUAACAACAGUUAUCCAUAUGCGAUUUCUGUCUCUAGGCUUCCUCACUGUCUCAUCUUUGGGUGUGCAGGAGAGGUUACAGAUUUUCUUAUCUCCUCUUCAUUUGUCAUGCAGCAAUUCACUGAAAAUUCUCAUCAAACACUUUAAUUUAGCCAUUGUUUGCAUUUUGACAUUUGAAACUUUCACUCACUUUUGCUGUGCUAAUCACACAUAACAUGCAUUAUCAGUGUCAUGCAAGUUCAAGGACAUGAUAACCAAGUAAUGAUGUUGACACGCAGAGUUUGAGCUUUCCGCAGUUAUCAGUGCAACAUAUACGUCUCUCACUUUCAUCCCUUGCACAACCAUUUUCCUAAACUACAAAUUCAUUUUCAGCUUUCACCAGUUUCUUUUAAUUUCUCUAUUCUCUAUCUCAUUUUACAACUCAUUUAAUUAUACGCUAUAUUAAGGACCCACACUUUUUCUUGGUGUUCCAUACCUUGUCUUUUCCUGCCCCUACAUGCACUCUCUCUCUCUCUC